AUGGGUCGGAAGAAAAAGAAACAAACAAAACCUUGGUGCUGGUAUUGCAAUCGUGAAUUCGAUGAUGAAAAAAUUCUCUUACAACAUCAAAAGGCAAAACAUUUUAAAUGUCACUUGUGCCAUAAAAAAUUAUAUACUGGACCCGGUUUACAAAUUCAUUCAAUACAAGUACAUAAAGAAAACAUUGACAAAGUACCAAAUGCAAUUAAAGGGCGUGAAAAUAUUGAAAUAGAAAUUUAUGGCAUGGAAGGGAUACCAGAAGAAGAUCUUCGAUCACAUGAAAAGCGUCUUGCUGGCAAAGAUAAAGAUGAAACAGAUAAUACAGACACUAUGAAAGUGUCUACACCACUUAGUCUACCACCAAUGCCACCAAUAAGUAUGAUGCCAAUGACUUUUCCUGGUAUGCCAUUUGGCAUGACAUCAAUGCCAUUGCCUAUGAUGCCACCUGUACCAAUGAUGACAACAGUAAGACCACCAAUACCUAUGAUUCCAUCAGCAACUCUUCUCCAAUCUGCUCCAACCAAACCACUGUUUCCAAGUGGAGCUACUGGUACAAGUCAUGAUACUAAUUCCACGCCUAAUCUAACUACAAUGGCGUCAGCUGCUGCAGCUAUAUCAAAUUUAUCAACUACUACGUCAAAUUCAUUGUUUGGUAAUAAAGGGAAAAUCGAACCAGUUGCUGGUACUGCAAAAAUAAUCCAUCCAGAUGAUGAUAUAUCAUUGGAAGAAUUUCGUGCCUCUUUACCAAAAUAUAAACAAAUAAUGAUACCACAACAAAUGCAAAUGCCUCCAAUACCUUCUGGUCUUUCAAUGGCUAAUUUCAUGCGACCUACAAUGGGUGGUCUACCAUUUAUGGUUCAACCAGCAGGUUUUCCACCGAUGGGAUUUAAUGGUCAACGUUUUUAA